AUGUUGGAAUUUGGAUUUCUUGAAGCUCAAAUGCCCUCUUUAUGGCUAAGAGAUAAACAAUACAGCAUUAGAGAGACCCCGGAAUCGAAAAUGGCCUCUGAAAAUAGGCUUAAUAUACAAGCUAAAUUGAGUUCCUGGCAGCAAAAGUGGGAUUUUUCAGAGUAUUUUCCUUGCUGGGAAGCUAAUGUUGCCACCAUCGCGCUUUUGGUAGCAUCUACAUCAAUUGUUAUGCUGCCAAAAUAUGGUGGAAUGGUAAUAGACAUUGUAUCAAGAGAUAUAAGGACUCCUGAACAACAAUCUGAAGCCUUGACUGCUGUCAAGAAUGCUGCACUAGCUGUUGUGUUGAUAGUUGUAUUAGGUUCUCUGUGUGUAGCAGUUCGGGAAUGGUUGUUUGCUUCUGUUAGCGAAAGGAUUGUAGCUCAUUUGAGAAAGGACUUAUUCAGUCACCUCAUUAAUCAGGAAUCUUUUGGGGCCAUUCGGACAGUGAGAUCUUUUGCACAAGAAGGUUAUGCAAUUUCAAGUUACUCAGAAAAAGUUCAUGAGACCCUCAAGCUUGGACUGAGACAAUCUAAAUUAGUUGCUCUAUUUUAUGGAGGAAUAAAUGCGGUAUUCACAUUGUCUAUUGUCAUAGUGGUGGUUUAUGGAGCUAGCUUAACAAUAGCACGCUCAAUGACUGCAGGCUCACUUGCAUCCUUUAUUCUGUAUAGCCUCACAGUUGGAAUCUCGAUGCUCUCACUAUUUGGACUAUAUACAACUGCAAUGAAAGCUGCAGGCGCAAGUAGGAGAGUUUUUCAGCUGCUAGAUCGUGUCUCACCAAUGCCGAUAUCAGGGCAUAAGUGCCCCUUAGGGAAUCCAGAUGGAGAUGUGGAAUUAGAUGAUAUUUGGUUUGCAUAUCCUUCUCGGCCCAGUCAUAUGAUACUCAAGGGAAUAUCUUUGAAACUGAGGCCCGGUUCAAAAGUUGCCCUUGUUGGUCCAAGUGGUGGUGGAAAAACGACAAUUGCUAGCCUAAUUGAGAGGUUUUACGACCCUCUCAAGGGAAAGAUUUUGCUAAAUGGGGUUCCUCUAGUGGAAAUAUCACACAAGUAUCUACACAAAAAGAUAAGUAUAGUGAGCCAGGAGCCUGUCCUUUUCAAUUGUUCUGUGGAAGAGAACAUUGCCUACGGGUUCGACGGCAAAGCAAGCAGUUCAGAAAUAGAAAAUGCAGCUAAAAUGGCUAAUGCCCAUGAUUUCAUAGCAAAUUUUCCUGAAAAAUAUCGAACUGUUGUUGGAGAACGUGGGUUGAGACUCGCAGGAGGCCAGAAACAAAGGAUUGCAAUUGCGAGGGCACUCCUGAUGGACCCAAGAGUUUUGCUAUUAGACGAAGCCACAAGUGCUCUGGAUGCCGAGAGCGAAUACCUUGUUCAGGAUGCAAUGGAGUCUCUGAUGAGGGGCAGAACAGUUCUGGUAAUAGCACACAGGCUUUCCACUGUAAAAACUGCAGACAUUGUUGCUGUAAUAUGUGAUGGUCGAAUAGCAGAAAGUGGCAACCAUGAGGAGCUUCUCAGCAAGAAUGGUAUUUACACUGGCCUCGUCAAAAGGCAACUCCAAGGACCUUCAACUCCCCACUAGUUAUAUUAAGUGGACUGAAAUCUUCAUUUGUAAUGACUCCUACUUGAAUGAUUAAUAAUGUGAGACAUGUUCCAAACCUUUGCAAA